AUGUUCAAUGUUCCUGCUGUUACUUACUUACAAGAAAAGAAUAUGUAACAUGAAGAAUAAAAGAAAAAUAUUAAAAAACAUUUUUUAAUGGUUAAUAUACUCGGAAAAAUGGAAGCUUUUCUUGAAACAGGAAAUAUGAUAGGGCCAAUUAUAGGUGGAAUUUUAUUUAAGUAAGGUGGCUCAUUUGCUGUUUUCGUGCCUAUUUGCUGCAUUGAAUUGAUUUUGCUAUUUUCAUUUGUUUAUUUCUCAAAAUCUUUAGAUUAAAAACUGAAAGCAGCAAUCUAAUCUGCAACUACUUUACCAGAGCUGGUAUCUUAGAAAAAUAAUUUAGAAUUUACUGCAAAUAAUGUUAGCUCAAAUAACAAUUCAGUUAAAUUAUCAAAUGAAAAAAAUAAAUUAUGCAUCAACGAUGAUUAGUCUUCUAAAGAUUUUCAACAUGACUAAUCUUCAAUUAAAAAUAUUAUUCACUAAAAUGAAUUUAAAGCUAAAUAAAUAAAUUCAAAAGACAUAAAUAUGAUAAAAAUUAACUUUAAUAUAAAAAUAUUUUUAACUGGAAUAGUAAUUUUUCUUCCACUAUUUUCCUAAAGUUUUAUUGACCCAUCGCUAAGCUUAUUUCUUGAAGAUCAAUUUGGAAUGAAUGAAAUUCAAUCUGGCUAUUUUUUUUUAUCUAAUGCUCUUUCAUUUAUAAUAGCUACCUCAAUAAUUUCAUAAUAUUUAACUAAAAAUGUAAAUCAUAGUAGAAUUACAUCAAUUAUUUGUUUGAUUCUAAAAGGUUCUUCAUUUGUUAUGUAUGGACCAGACAAAAUAUUAGGUAUAAAUCCUCAUAUAGCCAUUUCGAUUAUGUGCUCUAUUGUUAUAGGCUUUUCUAUAGGAAAUAUACUUGUCUCAUAAAACAAAGUUCUAAGCUUCGUAAUAAGCAGAGAACUAUUAGACUACAGUUAAGAACAAUAACUAUAUAUUAUAUCCAUAUUAUAUAACAUGUAUCAAGAUUUUGGUUGGUUAAGUGGACCUUUGAUAGGAGGUGUGAUGACAAACUAUCUUGACUUUCCUAGAGCUAGCUCUAUAAUCGGUCUAAUUAAUUUAAGUUACACAGUCUUAUAUUUAAUUUUCUUUAAAUUACCACUUUUAUCAACGAUUUUUCCAUAAAAAAAUAAUUAAUUAUAAACCAAAUAAGAAUAAGGAAUCCCAACAUUUAGCUGUAUUUAAUAAGUAGAAAAUAGAGAUAAUAAAUAUAUUUAACAUAUAAAACAAAGUGAAAUCCCUUAAUUAACUAAUUUUGUCAAGUAAAAAUAUUAAAAAAGCAAUAAAUUAUUAUAAAUUCAUAAAUGUGUAAAUAAUAAAGAAGAAUAAUAGCAUUCAAUUAAUAUUUCUUCAAAUAAAUUUUAACAAACAUCUUAAAAAUCUAUCUAAAUAUUAUAAAAUGAUUAAGCUUUGGAACCCUCAGUUUCAGAUAGAUCGAUUAUAAAUGCUUUAAGCUAAAAUUAGCUUAGCAGAUAUCAAGAAAGAUAAGAUGAUGAAAAUAUUAUUAUUGAAGGAGCUAAGGAUUAAUAAGCUGAAUCUAACAAACAUAUUUAUCCUGAAUUAGACGCUGAAGAAAGCUUAUCACCAACUUUGUUUAUUAGGAAUUCAAGUAGAAUAAAGAGAAAAAAAUUCAGCUUAAUUUAAGGAAACAUAAAAUAUAUUAUAAAUAAUAAUAAUGACAAUAAAAUUUAAUAAUAAACAAAUGAAUAAAGCAACAUUAAUAAAAAGCUUAACUUUGAUGAUAAUUAUUAUAAUACGAAUAGUAAUUUAUACAUCUUAAAUGAUUUAUAAAGCUCAAGAAAAUCUUUAGAGUAAAUAUAAUUCAAUUUAGAUUGUGUAGCAGAUAAAAGUACUACACUGAGGUUUGAAAAUAUUUCUUAAACUAACUAAUAAAUUUCAUAAUAGCUUAUUUUAGAUGAAACAUUCUCACCUACUAUAAAAUACGACUAGGGUAAUCUUUUUUCUCCAUUAAGAUCAAAGAGAAGGUUAAAUUAAAAAAAUCUAUCCAUUAAAUUUUAACAACAAGAUAUUAUUUUAUAAAGUAAUCCAAUCAAGUCUAAAUAAUUAAAUAAAUCUAGGUUAUGA